AUGGCGCUGGCGUUCAUCGUGCAGUGGUUGCAGCUGCAGGCAGAAAGGGAAUUCCGCGAGCACCACGAUACUUUCUCGAUGCCCGAGGAAUUAUUUCGCCUACGGUACCGCAUGACGAAGGACAUGGUGCGAUGGCUGUGCGGAGAGCUUCGCCGGGACCUGGAGAGGCGGCGUACGGGCACGAGAACCGCCUUGACCGUUGAGCAGCAAGUGCUUUGCGCCCUUCGCUUCUUCGCCACCGGCCGUUACCAGGGCGCGAUCGCAAGCGACGAGGACGUGGCGACGAGCCAGUCCAGUGUGAGUCGCACGAUUCACGCUGUCGUUGAAGCGAUCGUCGAGCGCCUCGGCGAUGAGUGGAUCGCCUUCCCUGCCAGCGCGCAGGAACUGGCCGCGGCGAAAGAAGGCUUCGUCCACAUGGACCCAAGGUUUGAAGGCUGCAUCGGGGUAGUCGACGGCACGUUCGUCUGCAUUCGGGCACCGUACGAAAGGGACGACGGCAACAAGGCUGCUUACUUUUGUCGCAAGGGCUUUUAUGCCCUAAACGUCAUGGUGGUGUGUGACGCAACCCUGCGGAUCACUGUCCUGGAUCCCUCGUACCCAGGCUCUGUGCAGGACGCUUUUGUGUGCCACGAGUUGAGCCAGGAGUUCAACGGUGGCACCCGUGGCCAGGGUGGUGAAUUCCUGCUUGGUGACAGUGCAUACCCGCUGCAGCCUUGGCUGCUCACCCCCAUCCCUGGAGCACAUCCCCUGCUGCCCGGUUCAAUCGCGCCCACUCCUCACUGCGGUGUGUCGUGCAACGGUGCAUUGGUGUCCUGA